GCAGUGCUUGCUUACUCAUCUCCACUAAACACGGCCCACUUCCUGCGGGCGGAGCAGAUUGACUCGUGUGCGUGGCGAUGUUUAUUGAGCCGGUACGCAGAUACACCGGCCGUCCGUCGGUGCUUUGUGAUGUGAUUUAUGCUAAACGUUGCAAGUAGCCCGCUUAAACCGCUUGGAAUACCAUUAAAAAGAAAGAGAUAUCCUUAAAAAAUGGACACUUCAAAGUGAGACUGCGAGGGUGUAGUGCAGAAGGAAUUGCGGAAAAGUAAAAGGACUGUUUGGCUGGCCGUGCAAGAUAAAAGACCGAGUGUUUCGUUGUGGAUACACACGCAAAAAAGUAUUCAUGUGCAAAUAGUGUAGCGCGUGUGAGUGAGGGUGUGUUUUUUUCGUUCAACCAUGAACACGAGCACGUGGUACGGUUUAAGGAUGAUGGGCUUUAAAAUUUGGAUAUUCGGUGUAUUUAUGCUGACGGUGAUGUGUCGUUGUGCGACUGCUCAAACGCUGUCAGCCCCACUGCCCGAGCCGGUCUGUGGCCAGAUCUCGCAAAUGCUGGACAGCUGCUUCCGCAACUCCUCCCCAACGAUUGCCGUCGAGCUGCUGUACUCGGUCAAGAUACCGGACACGGUGGAAGAAAUUAGCGACCGGUGUCUACUGUUCAACCGGGGCAUGGAAUGCGUUCAGCACUAUCUGAACGUGUGCGUCGACCAGCAGGAGCGCAAAAUCAUCGAAAAUGAGGUGUACGGAGCGAAACGAUUGUACGAGUUCCUGUGCGGGGACCGCUCGUUUCAGCAGGAGUUUCUGCGGCAUCGAGAAUGCUUUCAGCACGUCCAUCGCGACUGGGACGCGUGUUCUGGCAAGUUUAUCAGCAUUCUCAAGGAGGAAAUGUCCAAAACGACCAAACAAUCGAUGAAUCUCCAGUACAUGCACUUUUGCUGCGCCCGGUACGGGUAUGAAAAGUGUGUCUACAACAGUGCCCGCUACAAGUGCCGGAAUGAUUCGGCCCUUUUCCUGCGUACCGUCGCGAAGCUGCUGUCCACCGACAGACACUUCCUGAACUGUGAUAAGAUCGAGCACGCGGUCUGCUCGGGUGGGACGGUGCGGUUGGCGUGCUGGAAGCUCACCGCACUAGUGCUGGUAGUGGUGUGGAUGAUUUCCGUGUCCGUUUUUGACUGGCGAUCCUUCGGCCCAGUUGCCAACCGCCUCCAGUUGGGUAUGGUUUAGGUGGGUAUUAGCAUCGGUUAGCAUGCAGGCCGCUGGCCCAUAUAGAUUGUAAGUGAUGCUUGUAGGUAUAACAAUUGGUGGUUUCAGUUACUGGCUAGGCUUGCGGACACAUUGUGCACCGUACAACGUUGUAUAAACAUAUAUAAAGAGCCUAUAAAAUCCACUACAUUCUUGUCACAACUCGUAGGUUAUUUAAAUCAUGUUGAACAGCUACACGUUGUAUAGGGGUUUUAUAAAUGCACAACAGUGGGCAGGAAAGUGGACGUCCCCAUUGGGACAUGUACAUCGUUUGAGCGAGUGUGUUUUAAAUUGGGCAUAAACUGUGUAGUUUGUAAGCGUGCGCACGUGUAGGGAAACAGGCAUGUUGUGAUACAAAUUGCAUUCUGUUCGUUGCACUCUUGAAUACGAAUACGAGAUUCGUUUGCAAAUUUUAAAUAAAUAUAUGUCAUUAAAUGGA